AUGGCUACCCAGUUAGAGGUCUUUGUGAGAGCACUCUCUCGCCUUUUGGGCUGGAUAUACACGUUCUGUUGGUCCGCAUCUUUCUACCCCCAGCCGAUCAACAACUUCCGGCGACGGUCGACAACAGGGCUGGCGAUCGACUUCCCUACGAUCAACGUCCUAGGAUUCGUGUGCUAUACCAUAUACACCUCGGCCUUCCUAUACUCUCCCGUGAUCCGCCAUCAGUAUGCUGCCCGUCACCCACUCGCCGAGGACCCGACCGUGCGCUUUAACGAUUUUGCCUUCGCCCUACACGCCGUCGUCCUGAGUUUCAUUACCUAUACGCAGUUCUGGCCUUUCAUCUGGGGUUUCAAGGUCUCUCGGUAUCAGAGGGUCAGCAAGCCGGUGGCAGGACUCUUUUGGGGCUCUAUUGUCGCGGUCGCUGUCGUGAUCUUCAUCGUUCUCGCCAAGAGCCCGGAUCAAGGCUACGACCCAUACUCCUGGGAAUGGAUCGAUGUCAUAUAUUCCCUCUCCUACGUGAAACUGAUCAUCACAAUCGUCAAGUACGUACCUCAGGCGUGGGUCAACUAUAAGCGCAAGUCCACACAUGGCUGGAGUAUCGAUCAGAUCUUAUUUGACCUGUCCGGGGGCGUCCUGUCCCUUGCUCAGUUGCUUCUGGAUUCAGGAUUCCAGAACGAUUGGAGUGGGGUCACCGGAAACCCGAUCAAGUUCCUCUUGUCCAACGUUACCAUUUUCUUCGAUAUGAUCUUCGUUGUGCAGCACUAUGUCCUCUACCGAGAUGCCGAGGACCGCAAAGGGAAGGACCAGAACCCUAGCGAUCGGACUCCCCUGUUGUCCGAGUCAACCGACGUACCUCGAGCAGAUAGUGUUUAG